GGAAAUAUGAAUUAGAAGUUACCCUUUACCAACCAUACUAGGCUGAAAAAAAAGUCAUAAAAGGAGAAUUGGGGCCAGACAAGCGGAUAAAUCAAGAGUUUUCGAAUACGCAUUCACCAAAAGUAUUUCUCUUAUCCGUCUGCGUUAUCUGAUAAAAAAUCAAGGGAUUUAGGGCCAAACGAAGUUUGUAACCUAAAAAAUUUGAUUUUGACUGUGCUUGAUUGAUUCACAGAUUUUUCGAAACUCAAUACUUACAAAGUUUCGCAUUUCUGAGAAUAAAAGGUUUUUUCUAUUGGAAUUAAGAGCAAUUGCUAUUUGUACAAAACAAGAAGGGAUCAGUGUUCUUACUUUAAGAUAUAACAAUAGUGAUCAGUAUGCCUGCUAUUACUGAAAAGAACCUUUUCGCUAGUGAGUCGUUGCGUACGACGGAAUUACUUGGCCAUGUUAAUGCAAUCAAUUCUGUGUCGACGUGGUCUUCGUCUGACCAUUCUCGUCAGGCGGUUGGUGAGGCGUUCAAACGUAUGAUUACUGAACUUGAGCAUACUUCUCAUGUUCAAGGAGAGCCUCUUGAUGCUGAUGCUUUCUUUGUAGCCGACUUGCAUGCUGUGUACCGCCAAUUGGUUCGCUGGCAUACAAAGCUCCCUAGAGUUCAGCCUUUCUACGCCGUCAAGUGUAAUCCUGAUCCCCAUGUCUUAGCUUUGUUGAAGAAGUUUGGUACUGGCUUCGACUGCGCUUCAAAAGGCGAAAUUGAGCAAGUAUUAAACAUGGGCGUUCCUCCGGAAAAAGUUGUCUAUGCUAACCCUUGUAAAGCUAUUACUUAUAUACGUUACUCGGCUUCAAAAGGAAUUGAUUUAAUGACUUUUGACAAUGCAGAUGAACUUUACAAAGUUAAGCAACACCAUCCCAACGCUCGUUUAUUGCUUCGCAUAUCUACUGACGAUUCUGGCAGUCUUUGCCGUUUGAGCCUGAAAUUUGGUGCGUCACUAGAAGAUACUGGCUCUUUACUCGAUUUAGCCAAGUCGUUGAAUUUGAAUGUAGUAGGUGUCAGCUUUCACGUUGGUUCCGGUAGCUAUGACUCAUCGGCGUUCCUAGAUGCUAUUCGUCGAUCUCGGUUCGUCUUUGAUCAAGGUCUCGAUCGAGGCUUUCACUUUGAUCUCCUUGAUAUUGGCGGUGGUUUUUCUAGUGAUUCCUUUGACUCGGUUGCCGAUCUAGUGCGUCCUGCUUUAGAUACCUACUUUGACCCAUCCGUUCGCGUCAUCUCCGAGCCCGGUCGUUUCUUUGUUGCAGGUGCUUUUACGUUGGCUGUGAAUGUGAUAGCUAAGCGUAAGCUCGCUGACGAAGAAAAGGUGAUGUAUUAUGUGAAUGAUGGUGUUUAUGGAAGCUUAAAUUGCAUCUUAUUUGAUCACCAGCAUCCUGUUGCCCGCGUUCUAAAGAAAGGAAGUCAAUUCCUCUAUAACACUCAUUUGAGUACUGGUAAUCACCGUUGUUCCAUAUGGGGACCUACUUGCGACUCAUUGGAUGCUAUUGCCUCUGAUGCAUGCUUACCCUAUGAGUUAAAUGUUGGUGAUUGGAUUUAUUUUGAUGAUGCUGGUGCCUACACCGUAGCUGCUGCCAGUUGUUUUAACGGUUUUAAGACUAGCCGUAUAGUAUAUCUCGAAACCGAUAUCCUUGAUUGAAGUAUUCUUAGUUUGCAUCGGUGUUUAUGAGCGUCGAGUGCUAUAAUUAUUAUUGUUCAUUUACCUCCUCUCUUUCUUUCUUUUAGCGCAACUAUUCAUGUUUAAUGUGGGGGAUUUUGUUUUAUGAAGAGGAGUUUACUUUUUUCUAAUUUGAAUAUUAUUGCUAUUGUGAUUUAAGACAUUUGUUAGUUGUUAAAAAAUUGAAUUUUGAUAGUUUGUUUGAGAAAGAUCAUCUGGGU